GGCGGCCUUUCGUCAUCACGGCAGCGCGGGCAGGCGACGCAGGAACCGCGUGGAGUGCGGAGUAAGUCGUAGCCGGUUUCUGAGGAGAGCAUCUCGGAGGUUUCAUUCCGACCAAGUCUCGUCUCGUCACGGCCCCCGCCGGAAGACGGGACGGGAACUGCAUUGCCGCUAGCCGGCGAGACGAGACAAGGAGCAAGACGUAGCUGGCCGAGAAGAGACUCCCGAAAGUGUAUAGAAACGUAGUAGGCUGGUGCGGAGCCAGUACAUGCUUUUAACAUGUCUGAAGCUGAAGAAACUGCUGAUGUAUUAUCUGAAGUGAGCCUUGGUGAUGCAUGCCAACCAUUAGGUGAGAACAAAGAAGCCAGUCCCCCUGCAAGCCAUAAAGAUAUUGUGGUCACUAUUGGAGCUACUGUACCAACUGGCUUUGAGCUGACUGCUGCGGAUGAAGUGCAAGAGAAACUUGGAUCGCAAUCUAGAAUUAGCAAGGACCGAGGAAAAAUCUAUUUUGAAAUUCCUGUAAUCAGCCUUCCACAGGUUCACCAGUUAAGAUCUGUGGACAACUUGUUUGUUGUAGUUCAGGAGUUCAAAGAUUAUCAGUUUAAAGAAAAUAAGGAAGAAGCUCUAAAGGAUUUAGAGGACCUGGCUAAGAAACUGCCUUGGACUGACCCUUUAGAAGUAUGGAAGUUAAAUACAAACCUUAAGAAAAGAAAAACAAGAAGGAAAAAAGGCAAUCAACAGAGUAAUACAAAGAAAGAGAAACUGGAGGAUGAAUCAGAUGAUAAAGAAGUGCAUGAUCCUGUGAAAAGUAUUUUAAACUUGGAUUCUGAAAUCCAGGACCCAGAAAAAACAGAUGAAACUGUGUCACGAGAAGAUGGUGAACAGUCUGAUGCUAAAGAAGAAUUAACAUCCAAUGGUGAAGGUGAAAAUGAAUCAGGUGACUGCAAGAAGUGUGAAAUGGAGGCCCAGGCACUGAAGUUCAGGGUAACAUGCAACAGAGCUGGUGAUAAGCACAGCUUUAAAUCAAAUGAAGCAGCAAGAGAUUUUGGAGGGGCUGUGCAAGAUUUCUUCCAGUGGAAAGCAGACAUGACCAAUUUUGAUGUGGAGGUUCUUCUGAACAUUCACAAUAAUGAAGUAGUAGUGGGGAUUGCCUUAACAGAGGAGAGUCUUCACAGAAGAAAUAUUACACAUUUUGGGCCCACAACUCUUCGAUCCACUCUAGCCUAUGGUAUGCUCAGACUCUGUGAUCCUCAGCCAGCUGACAUAAUAAUUGAUCCAAUGUGUGGGACAGGUGCUAUACCAAUAGAGGGGGCUGCUGAGUGGCCUAACUGCUAUCAUAUUGCUGGUGAUAACAACCCACAGGCUGUGAAGAGAGCAGCAAAUAAUAUCUCUUCUUUAUUGAGGCAAUCUCAGACUAAAGAAAGCACAUGUACAGGCAAACCCAUAGAUAGUAUUCAGUGGGAUAUCUGCAGUCUACCACUGAGGACUGGCUCUGUCGAUGUCAUUGUAACAGAUAUGCCAUUUGGAAAGAGGAUAGGGUCUAAGAAAAAGAACUGGGAUCUCUACCCAGCCUGCCUUUUGGAGAUGGGUCGGAUCUGCAGACCCAGGACUGGCAGAGCCGUGCUGCUAACUCAAGAUAGGAAAUGCUUUGCCAAGGCCUUGUCAAAAAUGGGACACCUGUGGCGGAAGUCUCACACAAUCUGGGUGAAUGUUGGGGGACUCCAUGCUGCUGUGUAUCUUCUGAAACGCUCUGGAGAAAAAAUUGAUGAGCUGAGAUCAUAUUGGUAAUUUCUUGACCAAUGUACCAGACCACACCUGUGCUUUUCUUCAUUUGAGGGCUAUUUGCAAAACAUUUGCCUAAAAUUCCAAGUUGGUGUGUUCUUAAGAUGUUGAUUGGGGCAGAAAAUAAGAGUGAGUGAACAAGCAAGCUGAUCCUAUAAUCAGUUUUGGGGGUGGGGUCAUAUUCAACUAGAAGUUCUUGAAGGAGCUUUCAGAGCUUAAGAAGGAAAAUGAAACCAAUAUAUUCAUGAAACUAGUGACCCUUCUCUGUAAACCUGAGUUCUUUCAGUUUGGGUGCAAAUGUAAGUUUGUUUUCAUAUUCACAGGGUACGUUACUCUGUGUGUUUGUGUUUGUUUUUUAAAGGCUAGCAGAGUGGCCUUGAAACUUUUGCCAAGGGGAAAGCUUCUCCGUUUUGUUUUGUUCUUGGGCAACAAGACUAGGUUGUUUCUGUUUAUAUAUUGAUAAACAAAUAGACUGUAAGGUUGUUCACACAACCGUCAGCUUGGCUGGGGAGUGGGGAAGGCAGGAGAGCACCUACCAUCCCCCCCAGACGAUCCAGCAGUGAUUAUAGCUGUGUGGCUUGCACACCACAUGACCAGAGCUGCUGCAAGCUGCACUACCUUCUGGAGACCAGGAAAAAGCAUCCCAGCCUCCAGAUAUCCCACAGUGCACUGGAAGACAAGCACAGUGCAUUGAGGGAUUCCUCCAUGGGUAAGGCACUCUAGGUGCCUGACUCUGUAUGCUCAGGCUAUGUGUAGCCGCACAUUCACACAAACCCAUACCUGGGUAAAAGGGUGCGCUUGCACCCUUUAGCCCAGGUAAAAGCCUGGGGUAAAUUCCCAGGCCAAUCGGGGAGGCAGCACUGGGAUCGGUCUCGAUUCCUGUUUCACACGAGCUGCCCUACCCAGGUAGGGCUGCUCAUGUGAACAGCCUCUGUGUGUUACAGCCUAGGAUCUUGGUAGGGCUCCCUGUGCUCUCACCUGCUACCUCAAAUUUAAGCCCCAAUUCAUUUGUUUACGUAGAGAUACCCUUUCUGUUGCCACUGUACAUAGGACUGAGAAUGUGCAUCAUCAACCUUGAUUUGUUUCUGUGGUGGUUCUGAUUACUAGUAAAACUUUUUAAAUGCUGUAGUAAAUCUUCACAUUUACUGUUUCUGGUUUUGGAUGUCUAGGAUGGACUUAAACUAUAAUAUUAGGUUAAAUUCAACUGCACAAUAACGGUAAAGCAAAUAGCUGUCACCUCCAGACGAAGAAGGCACUCGGCUAACGGUCACCUGUGCUUGCUCUUGGGCGCAAUCCAAUGAACAAUACAUAAAUGUAGGAUCACAGCAGCACUCAGGAGAUGUUAUCAGUGGAUUGUGCCCCUUGUUUAUUUGUGUACUGAAAUUGUCAGAUUUGGAAGCCUUUUCCCACCAUCUUGAAAAGAGUGGCUAAAAAACACAUUGAGGCUAUUCACACGAUGGGAGAAAAUCGGGCUAGCGGAAGCUAGCCCGAUUUUCUCCCAUCAUGAGAACCACUGGGCUCGGCUGCGAGCCCGGUGGUUCUUAAGCGGAUCACUCACUAAAGUACCCCUGCCCUAAGCCCAAGUUAGCGGAGCGAGUGCUCCGUUAACCUAGGCUUUCCAGCUUGCCACGGCGGUACAGUUCCACACCGUGGCAACUCACGAGUAGACCCCUGACCGAGAGGCUGAAAAGCGCAGGGCAUGCUGGAGCUUCCAGGGGCCACAUGACCACCAAUCUCCCCCCAGCUGGCUCCGUAACGGAGCUGGCAGUCGUGUGGGUGGCCGGUUCAGCCGCCCAGAGCAGACUGACUGCUCGUCUGUGGGAAGCUAAUCGUGAAAAGAACCUCCUUCUCUUCUAACAGUGUAUAUGUCAGAUACACUGUUCUCUUAGUCUGGAAAGAGUUUAAGGUUUGGAAGCCCAUGUGUUGUACUUGUUUAAAAAACUGUAUUUGGGUUUUGAGUUAAUUGAAGGCUUGGGAUCUUCCCCCCAGGAAUUCACAGCUAUGUGACAAUAAGCAGUGAACUUCCUUGCAGCCUUGCAAGUCUACUGAUUGAGGUUCUUUUAUGAGAAAUAAAGGACUAGCACUGUUCCAGUUACUUUAAAAAACCUUUUCUUUUAAGCACUUUUACCCCUCUUGUUGCCAUUUCUUCCCUGUGCGGGUUUCUUUGGUGUUUCUCAGUAGUUUGUUGCAUUGAAUUUUGACUUUAUAAUUUUACAUAUGUAAUAAAGUAUAUUACCAGGAUUA